CUCAUCGGGUUUUCACUGAGAGAGAGAGAGAGAGAGAGAUUUUGGUGUAAAAGGCCAUGGAAGGCAUUUUGAAGUCAGAUAUAUAGAGGACGAUAGACAAAUGGCGGAUUCGAGCGAUUCUGUUUCCAUUGAUAUGGAGGCAUUGUCUCUCGGACAGGAACACCUUGUGAAAACUAAUCAUGGCCCUGUAUGCGUUGCCGUAUACGGAGAUCCAGACAAACCGGCUCUUAUCACAUACCCAGAUGUAGCUCUAAAUUAUAUGUUCUGUUUCCAAGGAUUAUUCUCUUGUCCAGAAGCAAGCUCCUUGCUCCUCCACAACUUCUGCAUAUAUCAUAUAAAUCCUCUGGGCCAUGAGUUGGGAGCCCCUUCGAUCUGCUUGGAUGCUCCUUCGCUCUCGGUCGAUGAUUUAGCGGACCAAAUAGUCGAGGUUCUUAACUAUUUCGGACUUGGCACAGUAAUGUGUAUGGGUGUCACAGCGGGUGCUUAUAUUCUGACGCUGUUUGCUAUGAAGUACAGGCAAAGAGUUCUUGGUUUAAUACUCGUCUCUCCACUGUGCAAAGCACCUUCGUGGGCAGAAUGGUUGUACAACAAGGUUAUGUCCAAUUUACUUUACUACUAUGGCAUGUGUGGCGUGGUUAAGGAAUUGCUACUUAAACGAUACUUCAGCAAGGAAGUUCGUGGUAAUGCUCAAGUUCAAGAAUCCGAUGUCGUUCAAGAAUGUAGAAGAUUACUUUGUGAGCGGCAGAGUACAAACGUGUGGCGAUUUCUCGAAGCAAUCAACGGGAGAGUAGACCUAAGCGAAGGGUUGAGAAAACUGCAGUGCCGAUCAUUAAUAUUCAUAGGGGAGCAUUCUCCUUACCAUUCCGAGGCCGUCCACAUGACAACCAAACUCGACAGACGGUAUAGCGCCUUAGUUGAGGUACAAGGAUGCGGGUCAUUGGUGACGGAAGAGCAGCCGCAGGCUAUGAUGAUACCGAUGGAGUAUUUCAUGAUGGGGUACGGAAUAUACAGACCAACGCAGAGUGUGAGCCCCAGAAGUCCAUUGAGCCCCACCCGUAUCUCCCCUGAGCUUCUGUCCCCUGAAAGCAUGGGCUUGAAGCUCAAACCCAUCAAGACACGUGUCCCCAUCUCCUAAUAUUAUCCCCUUCCCCCCCCAAAAAAAAAAGUAACCAACACAUACAUGCAUAUCAAAAUAAGAACAGCAACCACUACUCCGGCCUCUGCAUAUGCCUUCAUAUACAUGUCUCUCUGUGUGUGUGUAUACACGCAGCAAUAUGCGUUUGAUAAGUCAGUUGUGGAGGUGUUGUGUUAGCGUUGUUUCUGCGUGUCAGAUACAGGCUGUGGAUAUAGAGAGGGGGUCAAUAUACAUGUAUAGGGAAACAGAGAGAGUGAGGGUCUUGGGGGAUGAGGAGGGAUAUAAUAAGGUCAUGCUAGAGAGAGAAUAUAUAUAUAUAUAUAUACACACACAGGUGAUAGGUAUUUUUGUUAUGGACGAUGAUGAUGAUGAUGUUGAUGAGUUAUUGUGUAAAUUCUCUCAAUUAAUAAAAUCCAUUGUUAGAGCCCCUC